AUAGUCUACAUGGGCUGGACAGAAGAACGGGAACAAGACUCCCUUCAGGACCGAAUGUACACACCAAAGUUUCUAGCGCUGAGAGGUUCUUCUCUAUAUAAAUUUAUAGCACCACCAGUUACCACCUGGGAUUGGACACGAGCUGAAAAAACCUUUUCAGUUUAUGAGAUUAUGUGCAAAAUUUUCAAGGACAGUGAUCUUUUGGACCGUCGGAAACACUGUUUUGGUGUCCAGUCUGAAUCUGGAGAAGACCUCUACUUUUCUGUGGAAUUAGAGUCUGACCUAACACUAUGGGAAAAAGCCUUCCAAACAGCAACUUUUUUAGAAGUUGAACGGAUACAGUGCAAGACAUAUGCCUGUGUUUUGGAGAGCCAUCUUAUGGGGCUUACCAUUGACUUUAGCAUGGGCUUUGUAUGCUUCGAUGCUGCCACAAAGGCUGUACUUUGGAGGUACAAGUUUUCUCAACUUAAAGGCUCUUCAGAUGAUGGCAAGAGCAAAAUCAAGUUUUUGUUCCAAAAUCCAGAUACUAAGCAGAUUGAAGCAAAGGAGCUGGAAUUUUCCAAUCUUUUUGCAGUCCUUCACUGUAUCCACUCAUUCUUUGCUGCCAAAGUGGCUUGUUUGGACCCCUUAUAUGUAAGCAGUCAAGCCACAGCUUCUGCUGCUGCCACAACUUCUGGUACUGGCAAAUUAAAGUAUGCUACUUGACAUCUCACAUUUCAGCACUACUAUUUACAAACAGUGCAAAACAACAUAUAAAUAUUCAUCAGAUCUAGACCUUUGGGGAACUAUGAACAUGGAAACCAAUCCAAGAGACGAGUCUUGUUGCAGUUUCAGCAGAUAAAUGGUCACAUGGGAUUGUAAAUUCAUCUCUGUUCUGCAAGACACCAGUAAAUAAUCAAGCUGAAAACCUGGAAUAGGAUGGAUAUGCUUUUAGUAUGAUCUAUUUGUACUUAUAUAGUGCUUUAAGCAACACUGGAAACAAACGAAUAAAUGACACAAGGAAACACUUCAUAUUUAAUAAAAUUUUCAACUCUCUAUAA